CCUCCGCCCUCACUUUAACCUGUCCUGACCAACCUCAAACUGAGCAGAGGAGAAAUGUCUGCCAAUAUGUGUGGGUGGAUGUGGGUGUGGAUGAGUGGAGAGAUGGGAGGAUGUAUAAGUGGCUGGAUGGACGGAUGGAUAAAUAAGUGAAAGGUUUCAUGGUCCAAUGAUGGGUAGGCUGGGAAAUGAAUGGACAUAGGGAUGGAUAGGUGGUUGGAUGAAUAAAUGGGUAGGUGGAUCAGUAAGUGGAUGGAGGAUGGAUAAAUGGAGAUAUAAAUGGGUGGAUGUAUGGAUGUGUGGACAAAUGAAUGGGUAGGUGAAUUAGGUUCUUUGGUGGAUGGGUGAAUUUAUGGUAGUAAAUUGGUGGAUAAAUAAGGGAAUAUAUAGAUGGAUGAGUUAAUGGGAAGGGUAAAGAGUAGGGAUGUAAAUGGUAGGUGGAGGGAUGCAGUGAUGGACAGAUAGAUGAGUGGAGGACAUUGAUACCUAUGGAUAGGCUGGGGAAUGGUUACGUGGAUGGGCUGAACAUAGAAAUGGAUGAGUGAGUGGCAGAUAGAUUAAUGACCAAAUGGACAGAGGGUGGGUGGAAGGAUGGGAGAGUGGUGGGUUCUGUAGGCAGGAGAAGGUGGGGGUGGGUGGAGAGGUGGAGCGAUGGACAGGUCAGGAGUGUGAUGAAUGAGCAAGUGGAGGAGCUCAUGGGUAGGUAGAUGAAUUGAAAGGCUGGACCUGGUCCUGUGUUACUGCACCCCUUUGUCUUGCCUUUCAUCCACUCACCUGGGGUGGAUCACCACACACCUGAAUGUACUUAAGUUUAGACAUUCUCUGUGUGCCAGGCCCUGUGCCAUCCCCUUCACAUCACUUCAUUUAUUCUCCAAAUGAUGCUGUCGGGUUGGGAUAAUUCUCCAACUGAGGAAACAGUACAAGUCACUUGCUCAAGGACACAAGUCAGUGACAAAGCUGGUGUUUGAACUGACACAUGCCUGCCAGAGGCACUCCAAUAGUCCGUCCAUGUGCCUGCCACCCAGGAGGAGAGCCCUCUAGGGGAGGAGGUGUGACUUGUCCCUUGGAGAUGGACGGAUGAAGGAGCCUGUCCCCCUGGCAUGGGAAUUGCCUGGGUAGGGUGUGGGCCGAAGUUAUCCCCAUCCGCACCUCCUUUGCUCCUCACCUCGCUUGCAAAAUCAGUAGAAGUCAAGCUCCAGUCCCACAGCAGGUCGUUGUUAAACUGGGCUUUAACCUAUAUUGCCCCCCCCCAGGGGGCGGCUUUGAAGACCUGGUUAACUAUAGAAACAGCCCACACAACCAAUAACUGCCCCCAACCCAGCUUCUGCCCUCCACAGCCCUGGGGUGGGGGGGAGGGAGGGGACAGCGCUGCAUCAUUCCCCAUGGCACUCCGCUCUGGGGCCAUUAACAGACGCCUCUCCAUCGAUCGGAUCUGCUAAGUGCUGCUGAUUCAGGCAGGUGGGGGUGGGGGCCCCUGGGGCCAGAGGGGGUAGGAGCUGGGCAGGAAGAGGGGGGAGUCCAGGAAGGAGGUGGGGAGAACUGGCAAUGCUCCCUGCCACCCCCAUUUUCCAGAUGACGCGACUGAGGCCCAACCAGCUCUGUAGGAGGCGGAGUCUCCCCAGGGUCCCUCUCAGGCUCUCCUAGGGGAGGGGGCUCUGGGAGCUACGAGGCCCCUCCCAGCCUCCAUCUCCCGGCAAGCACGGAGGGGCGGGGAGAGAGAGCAGGAGGAGGAGGAGAACUCCAGCAGCACUGCAGAGGGGUCAGGCAGCUCUGCUCCGGUGUACCCCCAGCCCCACCGCUGCUGCUGCUGCUGCUGCUGCUGCUGCAGUGGGGACACAGGUGAGGACGGCCCUAUGGGGAAGGGGAGGGGGCCACCAAUAGCGCUGUCCUUGUCCUUUCUUGGUCUAGCCCCCAUGCCCUAGCCCAUCCUGGGACAGUCCCACUGGACCUUGUCCUUCCAGGGACCCAGCCCCCUCCCUCUGCCCGUGCCACCUCCCCUCCUAGGCCUGGCUGUGGCUGCUGCUUUUCCUCCUACCGCUGCCGCUGCUGCUGCUGCUGCUGCUGCCGCCCAACACACAUCGCCAGCCCUUGGGACACCCCCAAUUUCCUUGUCCGGGUGGCCCAGGGCCUCUCCAAGUCCCCACCAUCCUGGAGACAGCUACAUUCUCCUAAACACCAAUCCCCCAGUCUCCGUGGGCCUGGGGAGCCGCAGGAUGGCGGCAGGCGUGGCCACAUGGCUACCCUUUGCACGGGCGGCUGCGGUGGGCUGGCUGCCCCUGGCCCAACAGCCCCUGCCCCCGGCGCCAGGGGUGAAGGCAUCUCGAGGCGAUGAAGUUCUGGUGGUGAAUGUGAGUGGCCGGCGCUUUGAGACCUGGAAGAACACACUAGAUCGCUACCCAGACACCCUGCUGGGCAGUUCGGAGAAGGAGUUCUUCUAUGACGCUGACUCGGGCGAGUACUUUUUUGAUCGCGACCCGGACAUGUUCCGGCACGUGCUGAACUUCUACCGCACGGGCCGACUGCACUGCCCGCGGCAGGAGUGCAUCCAGGCCUUUGAUGAGGAGCUGGCCUUCUACGGCCUGGUGCCCGAGCUCGUGGGCGACUGCUGCCUUGAAGAGUACCGGGACCGCAAGAAAGAGAACGCUGAGCGCCUGGCGGAGGACGAGGAGGCUGAACAGACGGGGGAUGGCCCGACUCUUCCCGGGGGCAGCUCCCUGCGCCAGCGGCUUUGGCGGGCCUUUGAGAACCCACACACAAGCACUGCGGCCCUGGUUUUCUACUAUGUGACGGGCUUUUUCAUCGCCGUGUCGGUCAUCGCCAACGUGGUAGAGACCAUCCCGUGCCGCAGCUCUUCACGGCGGCUGUCGAGGGAGCAGUCUUGUGGUGACCGCUUCCCGACGGCCUUCUUCUGCAUGGACACGGCCUGUGUACUCAUAUUCACGGGAGAAUAUCUCCUGCGGCUCUUUGCUGCCCCCAGCCGUUGCCGCUUCCUACGGAGCGUCAUGAGCCUCAUCGACGUGGUGGCGAUCCUUCCCUACUACAUUGGGCUUUUUGUGCCCAAGAACGAUGAUGUCUCGGGUGCCUUUGUCACCUUGCGUGUGUUCCGGGUCUUCCGCAUCUUCAAGUUCUCCAGGCACUCUCAGGGCUUGAGGAUUUUAGGCUAUACCCUCAAGAGCUGUGCCUCUGAGCUGGGCUUUCUUCUCUUUUCCCUCACCAUGGCCAUCAUCAUCUUUGCCACUGUCAUGUUCUAUGCUGAGAAGGGCACCAGCAAGACUAACUUUACGAGCAUCCCUGCCGCCUUCUGGUACACCAUUGUCACCAUGACCACACUUGGCUAUGGUGACAUGGUGCCCAGCACCAUUGCUGGCAAGAUUUUCGGGUCCAUCUGCUCACUCAGUGGCGUCUUGGUCAUUGCCCUGCCUGUGCCAGUCAUCGUGUCCAACUUUAGCCGCAUCUACCACCAGAACCAGCGUGCUGACAAGCGCCGAGCACAGCAGAAGGUGCGCUUGGCAAGGAUCCGGUUGGCAAAGAGUGGAACCACCAACGCCUUCCUGCAGUACAAGCAGAAUGGGGGGCUAGAGGACAGCAGCAGUGGGGAGGGACAGGCGCUGUGUGUCAGGAACCGUUCCGCUUUUGAGCAGCAACAUCACCAUUUGCUGCACUGUCUAGAGAAGACAACGUGCCAUGAAUUCACAGAUGAACUAACCUUCAGUGAAGCCCUGGGAGCUGUCUCACUGGGUGGCCGCACCAGCCGCAGCACCUCUGUGUCUUCUCAGCCGCUAGGGCCUGGCAACCUGCUAUCAUCUUGCUGCCCUCGCAGGACCAAGCGCCGUGCCAUCCGGCUUGCCAACUCCACUGCCUCUGUCAGCCGUGGCAGUAUGCAGGAGCUGGACAUGCUGGCGGGGCUGCGGAGGAGCCCUGCCCCUCAGAGUUCUGAGGAUUGAACCCAGGGCCUUCACAGUGAGUUACA